UUUGGGUGGGGAGUAAAACUACGUCGUUUCAAUAAUGUGUGAGGAGAAUGGGGUGCCGGGCUAUUCUCAGCCCUUGGAUCAAACUCACAGAGGAUCCGCACCAAUCGCAAACACGCAACUUCUUGUUGAGAUGCGUACGCCGCAUCCCCUGCUACGUCACUGUCACUGACAACUGAGAGAGAGAGUGAGAGAGAGCGAGAGAGAGAGAGAGAGCGGGGGCUAGGAAAAAGCAUGAUAGUUGGGGGGAAGUAGGCCGAGAGAGAGAGAGAGAGAGAGAGAGAGAGAGAUGGAGGGGAGUUCGGGGUACAAGGACUACGUGGCAGGUUUGCUCGCCGGAGUUGCCACCGUUAUCACCGGCCACCCGUUCGAUACGGUCAAGGUGAAGUUGCAAAAGCACAAUACUGAAGCCCAUGGGAUGAAGUAUAGAAGUGGUUUGCAUUGCACUGCUAGGAUACUGAAGACUGAAGGAGUGAAGGGACUAUAUCGAGGUGCGACAUCUUCUUUCUUGGGUGUGGCCUUUGAAAGUUCACUUCUCUUUGGCAUUUAUUCCCAAACAAAACAGUCACUGGAGGGAGGACUCCAAAGUGGUAAACCACAGCUCUCUGUAAUAAUUCCUUCUGCAGCAUUUGGUGGAGCAGUCAUCAGCUUUGUGCUAUGUUCAUCAGAGCUGGUAAAGUGUAGGAUGCAAGUUCAAGGGACUGACUCCUUGGUUCCUAAGUCUGGCAGAUAUGAUGGUCCUCUAGAUUGUGCCCUUAAAACUCUUAGAACUGAAGGGGUUACAGGCAUUUUUCGAGGAGGGUUCACAACUUUAUUACGGGAAUCUAUAGGAAAUGCUGUCUUCUUUACCACUUAUGAGCAUGUCCGUUAUUACAUGCACUUAAAGAUGAAGGAUGCUUCUCCCAACCAGAGCAACUUGAUGGAUGUAGGAGUUGGAAUUAUGAGUGGUGGUCUAAGUGGUAUUGCAUUUUGGUCUGCUGUUCUACCUUUGGAUGUAGCGAAAACCAUAAUCCAGACUUCCACAGACAGAGGCUCCACAAGAAAUCCAUUUCGGAUUUUGAAAUCGAUAUACGUGAGGUCAGGACUCAAAGGAUGCUAUACAGGGUUAGGUCCAACUAUUGUGAGGGCGUUUCCUGCUAAUGCAGCUGCAAUUGUCACCUGGGAGCUAGCUGUAAAAAUUAUGGGCAUCAAGCGUGAAUAAAGAGGGUUCUUCGUGGUGCGCAUGCAUUUGGUGGCUGUUGACAAGAACCCUUGGAAUCCUUCUGACAUGGCUUAAACUGCAAUAUUACUAACCUGAGACAAAAGCUGGGAUUGAUUCUUGCCUGACAGACAGUGAACCUGAUCUAAUUCUUACUAUCUUUCAUGGACUCAUGGCCUACAGCUGACCAAUUUUGGAUGCCUGUUUUAUUUUUCUAUUUUUGGAAUCUCUUAGUUGUAGGUCCCCAUUUUUACCUGCUUUUCCACUCAAUGUAUCGUGAUUGAAGAACUGCAAAUUUCUUUGGUUACUGACUUUGCUUAUGAUGUGUUUUUGGGAGUUUGGAGACAAAGAAUUGUGUAGUUGAACCACAUCUCCAGCACUGCUAGUGCUGGACAAGUUUGUUGCAGAGUAGUAUAACUAUAUCUUUCCCAUUGUUAUUACGACACAUCUUAGGAUUACCCAGGGGUUUGUUUC